GGUAGAAUGUGAACAGGAGGGUUUUGAGGACGUCACGUUGCUUAUGACUAACGCCGCUGCAGCGGCGGGGUCACCCCGUUGAUCCCGCUGGACAAGAACGUGUGGAAGAAGAAGUCAUUUGCUGAGGUUCUCUCUAGUACCAGUGAUCCGCCUUUCUCAGCAAAAACACAUCACCGUCAUAAAGGCUUGCCAGCUAUUCAAUUCCCGGACAAUGAAGCUCAGACGCUCAAAGAACGACAUAAGCGUUCUUUAGUAAGAUGAAGACUUUAUUAGAUGCUGGAAUCGACAGAAUUGGUCCAUACAUGGACAUUUGAUGAGAGUUACGAAGUGGACACCGGCAUUCCAACCUAAUGUGGAAUCACCGGUGGUUCCAGUUUGGAUUGGUUUCGAGGGAUUGCCUAUUCAUCUCUUUGAUAGGAGGGCGCUAUUUGAUAUUGCAGGGCUAAUAGGGACGCCUUUAAAGAUAGAUGCUGCCACGGCUAAUCUUUCUCGUCCCUAUGUUACAAGUGUCUGUGUGGAACUUGACCUAACUGUUGACAACCCACAGAAAAUCCGGAUACAGUGCGGGUCCUAUGGCUUUACUCAACAGGUUACUUAUGAGGAUAAGCCAGACUAUUGCAAAUCCUGUCUUCAUUUGGGACAUUCUGCCUCUAAAUGUCCCAAACGAGUGCCAAAGCAUAAUGUUCAACCCCAGCAAAACAUCAGGGGUGAUCAUGAGGAAAGGAAUAAGUCUACAACAUUAGAAAAAGAAAAGUGGAUUGUUAAACAACCCCAAAUAUUAAAAAUAACUAAUGGAGAAAAUGCCAAGGAAAAUGCGAAGGUUUCUGAUCCUUCUACAUCUAAGCAAAUGAAUCCUGAGCCCAACAGCAGGGAGAUUGAAACAGUGGACAUUGAAGAUGCCUCAGACACAGAGGAAGUGUACCAUAACCCGAAGCCUGAACCUGAACCUGCAGUUCCUAAUCAAAAUCAGUAUGGGGAGGCUAAAUAUAAUAUAUCAAUGGCUCUUGCAGGGCUUACUAACCAUAAACCUGUAGGACCACUGGUAGAUGACUCUAUUCUGCAAUUUAAGCAUCAGGAGGAGGAUCAUGACCCUGAAAUUGUAGAAAAAGAUUACUCAUCAGAUGGGGAUACUAAAGCUAAGGGUAAGGCCCAGGCCAAGGAAGAUGAUGAGGGAGUGGAACGCGUGCCUAGAUGAGUUAACGGGAACGACCUUGGCGACUUCUAGCUAAAUAUUAUUUGGUUUUAGUAUUUCAGUGUUAUAAUAAAGUGAUUUAUAUUACUUUAUUUUUUAUUUGAGGAUUUGAAGUUUUAGCAAAUUCCUGGAUCCAGGUGGUUAUCACAUUUGCUGGUGAUAACUAGAUUUUAUUGAGUUUUUAUUUGGAGUUAUAUUUUAGCUAUAUUUGAGUUUUCAUCAGGGUUAUUUUAAUGAAACGGCCGUUGUAUUGCAAUUUAUUUUUAAAAGUAGUGAGUUAGUGUAACGUUUCCUUUAAUCCUGAGAGGGGCGUUACACACAGAUCAGAGAGAGGACCUACAAAUAUGGAACGAUGCACUCCCAGAUAUCAUUAGAAGAGUAAACUUUGUAGUCAAACAAAAAGAAAAACUUGAUGUGGAGAAGAGUAGUAGCUCUGUAGAGGAAGAAGCUCCUUUUAUAGUGGUCAGAAGGAAAGGAUAUAAAAAGAAAAAAAGAUCUGCCUGUCAUGCCAGAAGUACCUGCAAGGACCACAAGGAGUACUACUAAGAAAUUAAUUCAAGCUGCCAGAGGGCAGGUUAACAAAUCCCAAUGAAUUGCUUAUUUUGGAACACUAGGGGCCUGGAAUCCUCCAGUUCCAAGAUUAAUUCCCUAGUCAAACAAUGGAGGAUUCAUUUAUUAAUCAUUAUCGAACCAAUGGUGGAUAACAUCAAAAUUGAUAUGAACAAAUGGCAUUUGGGGUGGGAGGGUGCUUUGUGCUCUUCUGUUAAUAAAAUAUGGAUAUUCUGGGAUACUGCCUUGCUGAAUAUUUCAGACAUCCUAUGGCAUACACAACUUGUGCAUUUCGAGGUCACUGGUGAUAUUUAUAAAGGGUGGGUGACUGGAGUGUAUGGCAGACAUACUCAUGUGGUCAGGAAGGAGCUGUGGGAGAAUCUUUGCAGUUUCUCUAACAAUAUGAUAGAGCCAUGGAUGGUGGGUGUGAAAGUAUAUUAGAAUAUACUUUAGAAUAUGCUUUAGAAUAUAUUAGGAAUAUACCAUAUAUAGUAUUAUUGAAUAGCAUCUUUUAUAGGAAUAUUCUAUCUUUGUAAUCUAUAUUUAUAGGGCUUUACCUUUCAAUGAAAUACACAGAAAAUUCUUCUCUCCAUCUUUAAUAUCAUUCUAGUUUAUAUUUCAACAUGGUAUCAGAGCAUUCCAUUCCAGUUUAGUUUUCUUUUCAGAUUUGAGUUUAGUUUGUUAUCUUAGUUUAGUUUUCAGACUGUGUUCUUUCUCCUAGAAAUAGAUUUCUGUCUCCAAAAUCUUCAGAACCUCCUCCUCUUCCCAGAACCUGUUUCAAAAUUCUUUCUUCAGGAAUUUCAUUUUUUUUUAAGAUUCUUCAGAACCUUUCAGAACCUUGGUACAGUCCACACAAAAAGAAAAAAAAAAAACAAUCAGAACCUUAGUCCCAAACUCAGAGCCUUCGUCCAAAAUUCACAGUAGCAAGGCAUUUUUCCAGAACCUCUCUUUCUGAGACUCUUCCCAAGAAUUUUCCCAGAACCUCCGAUUUCAGAAGCCGUCAAACGAGAUUGAAAACUCAUCUUCGGGCAAUACAGAAUCUUGCCCUCUGCCCCCCCACCAGAUCGCCCUGCCUCUGCCAAAUUCUGAAACAAGUUGUUUCCGCCACUGCACCUCUCAUAUUUAUGGCAUCGAAAGUUUCCAGGGACAGACGCACAUUGUAGUCGUUGGUCGCGCCUCGCUGGGUCUCGCAUUAUCUCCAGACAUCCGCUCCUUCACUGAUCGCUCGCUGGGUCUCGCAUCAGAUCUGCGCAUGUGCUUUGGAUUUAAGUUUGGAGUCGGUCAAAGCCCAAGCUGCGUAUUUUAUUCUCCUAAGCCCACAAACAGGAAAGUUGCCGUAAGUUCAGCUCUUUUUAUUUGUUUAAUGAAUAUCUCAAUUUUAUUUUAACCAAAAAAAAAAAUCAAAAAAAAAAAGGAAAGAAAGAAAUGUUUUGUGCGGGUCAGUUUGACAGAGGAGUAAUUUGCAAUUACUGCAAGAAGCCCGGGCACCUACUCAAAGAAUGUAGAAAAUUGCUGUUCAAAAAUCAAAGAAAUCAGCUUCCUCAUAUCGCUUCCGCUACCAGUUCAUCUGAUGGAUCAAUUGCUAUUUCUUCGGACGAGUAUGCCAAAUUUAUUUGCUACCAAGAAUCUCUAAAGCAUUCAUCUGUCCCUAUCUUGACAACCACGAAUUCAGGUAUUUCAAACACAUGUCUUGUUUCAUCAGCCUCGAAAUGGGUCAUUGACUCAGGUGCCACAGAUCAUAUGACCGGUAAUCGUAGUCUAUUCUCGUCAUUUCAUUCAUAUUUACCUACUUCUAGUGUCACUUUAGCUGAUGGAUCUACC